AUGGCCGACACGCUUAUUGUCUGGUUGCGAAAAAGUCUGCCCGAGGAGAUCGCAACCCUCGUGGAACCGUAUAUUAGCCAAGUUGAGCGUGGCCAAUAUCAAGAAUUGCUGCAAUCCGACGAAGCGAGAAAGCUUUUCGGGCAUGACAGUGCACCGGACGGUGGUGAGGGAUCAUUGGACUUUCCCACUUGGAGCGACUUCAUCUUCCACAGGCUUGGCAUUCUGCUGGCCGACCGCUCAAGGCCGGACAAGCAGAUUGUGUACUUCUGUAUUGGCUAUGCCGCCUUGUCAGCAUUUGUGCAGUCAAACGUAACUGGCCCACCGUUGCCAUUUCUCUCAGCCAAGCUACUAUUUACGCCCGAUGUCGCUGACAGCACGUUGGCAACGAACAACGUUCGAGCCGCACUGGUGGCAAGUCUGGCCGUCGAUGGGAUUAGUGCUUACAGGUUAACGCCGAACGUCGAGUUGCUGUGCCUCGCUGAUGCAAUUAUGACCUGUCCGGCCAUCUUGAAAACUGUGGUGGUAGCGAGGUGGACUAAGAUGCGUGUGGCUUUCUUGCACCAGCGACUUCUCUCCGAACCGUCUUCGACCCUCCAAAACAUCAUCUACGAUGACCUAGACCUGCUCGCAGACGCAAUCCAUGACAAUGAAGGUCUGCCUGCGGCUGCUGAGCAGAUGCAAGUAGAACUGAUGCUUGAGCGGACAAGCAUCCAUCUCCAUCACGGUCUCGACAAGCUCGCCCUUCAAGAUCUGCAAGAGGUCAAGAAGCAGAGGUGCUUCGAAUAUGCACUGACGGGACGCUUGGGCAAGCGAACCCGAUACCAAGGCCAAGAUGUCAGUCAGCUUGUUGUCCUUGCCAAAAGCACUGACGCAAGUGGUGAUGCGCAAGCUGCAGGCACACCAACGACACCCUUGAAGCUUGAUCUGAACGAUGAUACUUUACUUGAGUCAAUCAGCUUCGCGGAGAAACCGUCGCCGGAUGCUUCACUACCAGAUACGACGAAUCUGCCUCCGGCAUUGCGCCAACUAGAUGCUGCAGCCCAGCCGCAACUGCACCCACUGGACUCUAUCGUUCUACUGUUGUUCGCGUCGUCCAUCACCAAUACUUCGCCUCAGCACGGCUUAACCCGCGAAGAGACGCUGCCUUAUGUGUCACGUGUGCUUGAUGGAGGUAGCUCCAACUGGCAAGUUUACACACAGGCGCUGUUGGUUCGCAGUCGUAUUGAGGGGUAUCGUUCACGGACCAUCGAGCGCGGCCUGUUACAGCUGCAAGCAUUGGUGGAUCAGAGCGCACCGAACACCGAGCGGCUUCGCUAUGUCUUUCAGCUAGCAACGCCUAUGCGAUGGGAGUUAGAAGCUGAGCUUGCGGCCCGAUGGGUGCAGCUCGGCGGCCUGCGCUCAGCGCUCGACAUUUAUGAACGGCUAGAAAUGUGGGCUGAAGCUGCAUUGUGCUGGGCGGCUACAGAGCGAGAAGACAAAGCAAAACGGAUUGUACGCAGGCAACUAUUCCAUGCCACAGCAGGCGCAACGACCGACGAGCACGUCGGCGAAGACGAGACGUGGGAAGGGUCGGAGAGGAUGCCUCCACCACCAGAUGCAGCCCGUCUGUACUGCAUCCUUGGCGAUCUCGACCAGUCCACGGAGAUGUAUCAGAAGGCUUGGGACGUCUCCGGCCAACGGUAUGCACGCGCUCAGCGCUUGCUUGGCCGGUAUUACUUAGCCAGACACGAUUAUGUCAAAGCUGCUGCAGCGUACAGCAAGAGCUUGACGAUCGAUCAGCUAAAUCAUGGAAGCUGGUUCGCGCUUGGCUGCUGUUUGUUGGAGCUGGCUGAGUUCGACAGGGCAGUCGAGGCUUUCUCACGAUGUCUCCAGCUUGACGAAACAGAUGCUGAAGCGUGGAGCAAUCUCGCUGCGAGUCUGUUACGCCUGGAACCAGGCGAUCCGCAGGAAUACCGUUCCGAUGCUCUGAAGGCGCUAAAGCGAGCGGCAGCCCUCAAGCAUGACUCGUACCGGAUAUGGGAGAACGUCCUUACUGUAGCCGCUUCUGUGCACCCGCCGGACUACGCCACUGCGCUUUCGGCGCAAAAGCGUCUGAUAGAUCUGCGCGGAGCGACUGACGGUGAAAGGUGCAUAGAUGAGCAAAUGUUGAGUUUGCUCGCUCAGCAGAUAAUCUCUUCCAACGACCGCUAUGACCCAGCGCAGCCGGGACUUGCAAGGCUGUUCGUGAAGAUGAUCGACGAGAAUGUCGUACCUUUGAUCACCGGCUCUCCGCAACUCUGGCACCUGGUAGCGAAGAUCGCACUCUGGCGCAACAAGCCCUUCUCCUCACUGGACGCCGAGGAGAAGGCGUGGCGAGUCGUAACCGCUCAACCUCGCUGGGAGGCUGAUGAACAAAAUUGGAACGCCGUCGUUGAUGCGACGGUCCGGCUGUGUAGUGCGUACGAGAGCUUAGGGCCCAUGGAGCGAACGGAGGGUAUGGGUGCCGGUGAGCUGGUGGCAAAAGACUGGAAGUUCAAGGCUAGGAGCGCAGUGAGAGGUAUACUUGGUAAGGGAAAGGCGGCGUGGGAGGGAACGGCAGGCUGGGAGAGGCUGCAAGCGGUGAUGGAAGAGCUGAAGCGAUGA